CUUGGGCAUGCGCAAUUCGAAGUUCGGGUUGCAUGUUUGAAACGUAGAGGUACCGGAGAGUCUUUUGAUCAAAGAGGUUAGUUCAUCACUUUAAGUCUUGAUUUGCUUUCCUUUCUCCGUUAGGUCAACUUAUUUAUUUUAAUGUAUUGAGAUAUUGCCAAGUUUCAAUCCUUGUUUCAUCUUUAAGACCUGUUCAGCCCGGGAACACGGUUAGCAUAGCAUUAGCAUAGCCGCUGUGUGUUAAACAUCCAGGGUUGAAAUUACCAACAAAGGCUGGUUAGUUUAGAUUUAUCACAUGGAAAUCGCACAGAGAGUGCAUUAGUACUUCUGCAAACGUUUUUCUCCCCUUGUUGACUACUCUAGCCUUAAACCUAUCCUCCUAAACUGCUGUGUUGUUCUCUACAUAGGGUUAAAAAAAAAUAUAUGUCCCCUGAAAGAAACGAUGCAGACUCAGUUAAACUCAAAUAACAAGGGUGUAAAGGUUUUUAGAUGAUUUUAAAUGAGGAAGGUACAUAAAUGCAAAGUCCUUGUUUAAUAAAACACAUCAUCUACAAAGAUGAGGAUUGUUUAACAGGUAACAAAAACAGACUGAAAUUGGCACUGUGGCCCUUUUUGACUCUUAUAAACAAACAGAGACAUUUUCUAGAAUACAGAUUCCCAGUGAGUGACACAUACCAUGAUAAGAAAGCAGUGUUAAAAUAUUUUUGUUUACUAAAUAUGUUACUUACGUGUAGGACAAGAUCAGCACAAACAGAAUUUUCUUCACAGACAGGAGUCAGUUUUAGGCAAUCAUCCAUAAAAUAAUUUGACUCCAAAUCAGAUUUUUGUGUUAUUUUAACACUGAGGAAAAUGAUUGACGUAGUUAAAGGGAGUUUAACUAUGUGCUUUGAGGUUGGUUAUUGUGCUACAUUGCAAUACCGUGUGCAAUACAGCAAUUUGUACACCAUUACUUAUCAUGUGCAAUACAGCAAUUUUCAUCCCUCAUUUAUGCCACCGACCUAUCCUCCAUUUCAUACAUUCACACUCAGCACCUGUUGCAUCGCCUGUUCACAUUGUAAAUAUCUCUUUUCACCUGUAAAUAUUUCUCACACUUUAUAUGUCUCCCACCUUGCAUUUAUUUCUCUUAUACUUUUAUUCUCCUUUUAUAUUUUUUGCAUCCUUAUUGUAUUCCUUCAGUACUUAUUGUGUGUUUUAUCUGUACUCCUUUGAGUGGAGCGGUCCUUUCAUCCAGGGCGUUUCAUUGCAUUGUUUACCUUGUUUGACAUGCACAUGACAAAUAAACAAAUUUUUUAAUCUCGAGUCUUGCAAACAGACUGCUUAAUUAAUAUACUAAAAGUAUCUGCGACUGUGUUCCUACAUGUUUAUGAUGUUUGCUUUGUCUCCCAUAGGUAAUAGGAAAACAUCAACUUUGUUCAUCUGUCCAGUGUUAACUGGAUCAACACAUUUGGAUUACUGUGUGAUCGAGCCCAUCGGUUGCAAAAAUGGAUUUCCAGCACAGAGCUGGAGGGAAGACAGGGAGCGGUGGGGUGGCAUCUGCCUCUGAGAGUAACCGUGACAGACGAGAGCGGUUACGUCAGUUGGCCCUCGAGACUAUUGACAUCAACAAAGACCCCUAUUUUAUGAAGAAUCAUUUAGGAUCAUAUGAGUGUAAACUUUGCUUGACACUUCACAACAAUGAGGUAAGAAGUUUCAGACUGAAACAUUACAGGACAAUGUAACCUGAACCAGAUUACAGUUUGUUAUUUGGGUGUCUCAGUGAAAAAGAAAAACUCUAAACCACUGUUCUCUGUUUUACAGGGCAGCUACCUGGCCCACACACAGGGAAAAAAACACCAGACCAAUUUGUAAGUACAUAUUUUGUUCACCCACCUUAAUGUAAAACUUGAGGUCAAGAUUCUGGUCAUAAUGAAGUGACGUGUUUAGUCUAGAGUUCCUGUUUAAUCAAAACAGACAAGGCUGACAAGUGAUCAUGUUUUAACUGUUUUUUUUUUUUACUUCAUAUUUUUAUGUAAUAAGAAUUUAUCAAACACCAGUUUUAAAGACCUUAUUCUUGGCCUGUGGUGACCUAUUAGGUAUUUCCUGAUUUUUCACGGUGUAUUUGUCUUGUAUUAGAGCCCGGAGAGCAGCCAAGGAAGCCAAAGAAGCUCCUGCUCAGCCAGCUCCAGCGAAAGUGAAAGUUGAAGUCAAGAAGUUUGUCAAAAUCGGUCGUCCAGGAUACAAAGGUGAGCUGACUGAGCGAUUGCUUACUGAUGCAGUCAUUAUAUUUGUUUUGUGAAUUUUCUAGGCAAAGCAUGCUCACUGUAUUUAAAAGUAUUCUCCAUUUCUUAAAGUCACCAAACAGAGGGACCCAGAAACUGGACAGCAGUCUCUCCUCUUCCAGGUCAGUGAGUCCGGUGGGAAUCAGAGGGGAAUCUGAUGUUUUAUGUAGAGGUUUUGGUUCUGUCAGCCAAGUGAAGAUUUCAUUUCUCUGCUACGUUGUUGCCUAUAAAACUUCUUACUGCAGUGUUUUAUUAGUAAAUAUUACUUUCAUAGAGGUUAGACCAUCAAAGACAAAUCUCAAAACUGUUUUUCCUCUGCUCAUAAGAUUGACUACCCAGAGAUUGCUGAAGGAAUUGGACCCAGGCAUCGUUUUAUGUCUGCUUAUGAACAGCGUAUUGAGCCUCCUGAUCGUCGCUGGCAGUACCUGCUCCUGGCUGCUGAACCAUAUGAGACUAUUGCUUUUAAGGUGUGUGUGUGUGAGCUGUGUUAUGUCAUAUUUUUGUUCUGUUUGUGAUACAGCAUUUGAGAAAUACAUAUUUUUGCCUUCUCAGGUCCCCAGUAGAGAAAUUGAUAAAGCAGAAAAUCGCUUCUGGACCCAUUGGAACAGAGAGACCAAACAGGUACUGACUGAUGACCUCAAGGCCUUGUUGGGUAUUUAAUUUGGGAGGAGUGAAAAAUAGCAUUAAUGUUAUUUUCUUCCUCUCAGUUCUUCCUGCAGUUUCACUUUAAAAUGGAGAAAGCCAUCACCCAAUCAAGCGGCCCAGCCCCUCCUGCAGGCGUGAAGCGCCCCCCUCCUCUCAUGAGUGGAGUUGGACCUCGGCCACCAAGUGACGGUAUGCCCCCUCCCCCGCCAGAAGGGAUGUCCGUCCCCCCUCUCCCUCCAGGUGCACCGGGUGCCCCUCAUUUACCCCCCCAGAUGCCCAUGCCUCCUAUGCCGAUGCGACCACCUCCUCCUGAGGGCCUCACAAUAUCUAACAACUGAUCAUGAUCCUUUAAAACCUUUGAUUUGCGUAGUAAGAGAGGCCUGUCUGUCAACAACAACCACCUCCCUGAAGAUGAUGCAGGCACACCGAGUGGGGUUGUUUUUAAGUGAAUGAUUUAGGUCCACAUCCAGUGGCUUAUUAUACUUUGUUUUGACGUAAAUGUGUUUAGCAGCCUGUAUGACUACAUUGUUUUGUACAAUUCUCAAAUUCUGGAUAUGGAGCUGUGACUAAGGUGGCUCAACUUUAACUUUUAUGAUGCCGGUUUUGUAAUAAAACUUCCAUUGUGAGAAACA